AUGGGCCAUCGACAGGCUGUGCGAGACAUAACUUUCAACACAGCUGGCACCCAGUUCCUCAGUGCCUCCUAUGACCGCUUCAUCAAGCUGUGGGACACGGAGACGGGCAAGUGUGCCGGUCAGUUCAACCUCAAGAAGGUGGCCUACUGCGUGAAGUUCAAUCCGGACGAGGACAAACAGCAUCUCUUCCUGUGCGGUUGUGCUGACAAGAAGAUCCUCUGUGUAAGUCAGCCUCAUCCCACCCCUCCCCACCCUCAUCACCAAGGACGAUUAUUUUUACUGGGCCUCUCUCUUUGAAGUCGCGACACAACUUCCUCUCCAACAACCCAGGCGGCAAAGUAUAGUUUGCAUUCAUAGUCACCCCCUUGCUUGGCAAACUGGAUGGGAGGCAGUGUUAGUAUGUCCCCCCCUGGCGAAUGCCUAUCCUUAGCAGUCGAAUGCAAACUAGUUGACAGCGUGACCUUUGCUUACGGUGACACUAACGUACGCCCCUCAACAUGGCGGACGCAGGACGGUGACUUGCCCGUACAUUAGUUUAUAAUGAUGCCAGACUUGCACAGCACCUACCGCACUCUCGCCUCCCUCAUUCCCCACCUGGGCUGGGCGGCAAGAGAGAGAAAUUUGGGACGACGGUGGGCGGGGGAGGGCGCAGUGACUGACAACACUAAACCACUCGUCCACGCGUGCCACUCACCACCCGGUCCUCACAACAUGGACCAGACUUUAAUGAGAGCGGUCCGGCUCCUGCGUGAUUGGAAGGCCACAUUGAGAGGGACUCUCAGUCCUCGAGCCAGUCGACAGUUUGCUCGUCGUUUCCGACUGUGUCCACCAUGUGGAAGCAGGAAUGGUGACUUGCGCCUGAAUUGCUUCAUAGUGGUGGUAGACUUGCGUAGCACCUACCGCACACUCCCCUACUCCCCCCCACCCGAGCCUGAUCUUAUGGCAGUCAAGAAGACCAGAAGCGGGAGACUGAGCAAAUGGCUGGCACGACGAAAAGCCGCACUUAAACCCGCUCGGAUUCCACUGAAUGGGAGUGCCAGUGGAGGCUACAUUAUGAAGGAGCCAUUACCGCAUGACUCGCAGUCCACCAGUCGGCCAGGUUAGCAGCAUUCCAAUCCAUGGCAGAGUAAAGUCGGUUGAAAAUUUCAAAAAAAAGCCUUUUAGGGACAGGAUUAUUUUUUAAAAGUGAUUAGUGCUUUCGCCAACUCCCUACGUGACUCUUGUAGUCCAAAGCACUCAUUAGCUAAAGCCGACAAAAACUAUUACCACCGAUUACGCCACAGGUCCACGUUCUGGAAAUAUGACGGCCUUCUUCGUACUUAAUAAAGCAGCGUCUGUUAGACCUUCGUAAUGCACUCAACAACCGUACCAAACACAGGCUCUUUGUCGCAGUUUAACGUAUCACUGUAGGUACUUAUUUCUUGCAGGAAAUUGACGUUCACCAAACUCCUUUGCAUUGCUUAUGCGAUUUUGAGUACUCCCGAUAUUAACCGUUUGAAUUAAGAAUUCUCGUUGACCAGGGAACUCGGAUUAAUAUAUCAUGCGCCGCCGUGCGGCUGCUGGUUGGGCUCUAGAGAGAGCCCGUAAGACACGACAGAACGAGUGAGUUCCGUAAGAACGAUCGGUGAGCGCCCCUCUACAAUUCAUAUAUCUGACAUCUGACAGCCCGGGCUUUCACUGCCACCAACUGAUAACAGCGAAUAAGCCAGAGAUGGUCACUUCGUCGUCGCUGGCUUUGUCGUAUGCAUCCGUCCACACUCGUGCUCGGUCAUAAAGACUGUCUCGUUAAUUGCACCCAGUUUCAUUCCCAGUCGGCUUGACGCGAAGUAGCUACCGGUGUGUGCGUCGGAGAGGGAUGAGCGAAUGAGACCGAUACUGGGGAGGAAUCCAUCCCCACGGCACAUCGGUGCAUCCCUCACGAUAACAAGUCCGACGCUCUUUCAAGUUAUCACAACGCGCCAAGGUAUGUGGCACGGAGGAUUGCCGACUGACGGGAUAAUUCAGUCAUCUUCAGGACUUAGUCAGGCUGUAAUGAAUGAGGAGAGUGUGAGGUAGACGCUGCGCAAGUCACCGCUUCUGGACCCAUCUCGUGUGUUAGCCCUGGACGUCGUCGCUCUUGACGGUCAAACUAUCUUACGUCGUGUUUUUAGACCACUUGAGGUAGUGUCUAACCCUCUUGCAUGCGUGGCCUUUAGACCACGUAACACGCUUGUCCUUUAUUCAUUCCACUUUGCAUCCCCCUAGUAUGACAUUCGCAGUGGAGAGGUUGUCCAACAGUACGAUCGUCAUCUGGGUGCUGUGAACACGGUCACCUUCGUGGAUAACAACCGACGCUUCGUGUCCACCUCGGAUGACAAGUCCCUUCGUGUCUGGGAAUGGGACAUUCCCGUGGACUUCAAGUACCUCGCAGACCCCUCACUUCACUCAAUGCCCGCCGUCACGCUUUCCCCGCACGGUAAGUCAUCGCGAUUGAUGCCUUUACACUCCUACAAUUGUACUUUUGUCUGAGUUUUAUAACGUUUUUUUUCAGUAAUUAGUAUGUUUAUUAUGACAGACGAAAGAGGGAACUCGCACGAUCAGAAGACUGUUGUAGGACAGAGUCGAGCCACUAACCCCCCAGGUGUUCCAUAUGCCCGACAGUUGUGAAAAGCGCUUAUGGGUGGCAAACAGGGCCUAGUUUCCCAUUGUUCUGACGAGGUCCGCAAGGUGUCUCAUGCGCUCUAGAGGUGGACCGUUGUCACACGGGAGUGGCGUUCACCGGUCUGUCGUAAUUUUAGAACGGAUAUGAGGAACAGUUUUUCUUAAUGACCUCGUUUAAGGUUUUCGGCUGUUCCUUAAAGGCGCAACUUCGAAAUAACAUUAAUGGGGCGUCGCGUUCUUCACAGGAUAUUAAGUGCUACUAAAAUACAGAAAGUAGUGUGUUUUUAUUAUUCUAAUCGCCGUGCCAUUUAGAAAACGACGCACCCUUGUCUUCGUAACACGCGUUGCUGCUCGCAUCUGAGCUACACUUUGAAAUCGGUGGUUGUUAAGUCGUCGGUUUAAGGUGCCGAGAGCAUCGACCUCAAUCACAGCAGCAUGGACAGUUUCCCAAUUUCGCACAACUCGCUUCGAGUAGAGCACUGGGCGUUGGUUUAUCGGACGGUUCAGUUUUUGAGCUCCUACUCAUGUCCACGAAAAACAGACCUCGAUGUCAGGAGAAGAAGUCCACGUCGCAGUAUGAAACUUUCGCCAACUGUGUUAUUAAAAUAAUGGUGACCUCUGAUGUGUUAAAAACUGAAAGGAAGCAGAUUUAAAACAAACGCCUAUUGUGGAUAUUCGUGAAACAUCUGUUUAGGCACCAUUUUGGCAACACACCUCUGGACUCCAUUUUGGAGUUUGCAUCUGCCUCGUUAAGCGUGAGUCCCUCCGAGCUUGAAGUACGUACUCCAGCUGGGGUCGACCGAAGUAUCCCAAUAUCUUGACUCCCAAGUUCAGUCACUAUAUUUGGAGCAAAUGACAGAAGCCCUGAAAACUCCAUUUAGACGGUACAGAUGUAAGGGAAAAUAGUUAAAUUAUAAAAAUUUUGCUUGCAGUUUAGGUAAGGAGGAUUCAUAAAUCCAAUAAUGGAACAUAAAUGCCAAAGGGGUGUGGUAUUCGCGAAAUAAUUGCGAAAAACUUUGUUCACCGCAUUCGGAUUGUGAAAAUUUCCACAUGGGUCAAGUUUGACGCACAAAAAAGGAUGUUAAUAGUCCCUGAAUCACUUAUAAGCCCUGUAGCUUCGCAUAAUUUAAACUUCUAUGUUACCGUUUCGGCCUGAUAAGGAGUUACCGAAAACACGUGUUUGCCAAAUUGACUUUUCGAAAAAGGAUCUGUUGAAAUCAUGUUAGUAGUAUAUUUAUAGCCAUUUCAGUAAUCCGUCGAAUCGAGCUUCGGCAGUUCGGGUUGCGUUUCAGCAGGUUAGUAUCCAGUUGUCUCUUGAACACACUCACAGUAGGGGAAUUAACAACAUACUCCGGCAAAGAGUUCCAUUGGCGGGUGACCCUCUGUGAGAAAAAUGAGGAACGUUGAUUUGUGUGGUACAGUUCCCUUUUAAGCUGGUAACCAUGUCGUCUGAGAUUAGACUUCGGUGCCAUUUCAAAAAACGUUUCCCAGUCGACAUCCAGAUUAAGUUCUCUUAGCAACUGGAACGUUGAUAUGAGGUCACCUUUGUCCUGCCUGUAGUGGAGGGGAUAGAGGUUCAAGGCCGUCAGGCGUUGCUCUUACGUAAAAUUUUUGAGGCCAUGAACAGCCUUUGUAGCACGCCGUUGUACACCUUCAAGGAUAUCUAUAUCCUUCCGAAGCUGGCGGCUGCACCCCAUAUGACCACCAUUUAAUUCACUGUACGCGUGUGCGUCUGUACGAGCCGUGCUACAAGAAUACCCAAAUCGCCCGAAAAUAUUUAAAUAAUUCCCCGAAGUUGACUGUAUCUGGGAUGCUCUUCGUUUCGCGGAAUCCAACUCCACUGGCACACAUUCUGAGGAGUUGGAGUUCAUGCACCACUGUUUCUGCUAACAAUGUUACCUGUCCCUUCACUGAGUGGUUGCGUCAUUUUCGUCCUCGUUCGCCCUCCUCCCGAUCUUCAGCUCAUCCACUAAAAGAGCCACUCCUGACUUGGCCAUAUCCACCAAAUUAUUUAUACAUAGUGUAAACCACCCGAGGACUGAUGCUUGAUGAAACGCCACUCAUAACGCAGUAGCCCCUCUGUAAUUCUUUCAUGCCUAAACGCUGAUGUGGGGCGUAGUCAGACUUUACCUGAAUCAAAUUUCCAUUUCAGUUGAAAUAUGUGUGAGGCAGGGUUGGUUUCGAUGAAUAUCGUGCUCUGUAGAGUCCUUCAUCAUCCAGCAGGGAAUGCAUAUUGGUCCGACGGAUCGGUAGUUGUCUGCUUGUCCCUCUGAACUGUCAGCCACGACUCCUCGCCCGCCCACUCGACUCAAGUGACAAGACAAUUUCAAGACGUCCAGAUGUGGCCGCUGGCGCAGUGGAGGACAAAGCUAAACAGGCCACCUAUGCGUACAACACAUGACCUGGUCGUUGCACAAUAUGCCGGGUUUUCACAGAGGGCGGCUCAAAUCUCGCAUGCGUGAGAAUGUCUUAGAGGCCACAUUAACGAGGAGCCAUUGAGCCCGGCUGACCUUUGUCACCUAGGUGUGACGUUCAUCAGUUUGUCGCACUUUCAGGACGGGAAGGUUUUUCUUUUAGGCCACUGUCUUUGGAAUGAAUAGCCGUUAUUCGGUUUUCGGUUGUUCCUCAAAGGCGUAUUGUCGAAGUUACGGACCAAUGGGGUGACGCGUUUUAAUGCGACGUAAAGUGUUACUAAAAUACCGGUAGUAGCGUGUUAUCAUUGUAAUCAAAAAGACGAUUUCAAGACGACCGGAGGUGGGCUCGGACACAAAGCGCGUAAUGUGUCCUGAGGCUGGCUUGCCAGUGUCUGCCUCAUUCUCUUCCCGCUUCCGACUGUCCGAGCCUGUAGUGAUAUUGGGUGCAGUGGUUGGCGUGGGGUGGCAGCCUUCGUCGAAGCUGUGCCACAAAGAUUUGCUAACAAAUACUCAGACCCUUUCUCUGUAAAUCCUCCAGUCACGUGGAUCAAAACGUAAUGUCCGAUCGUCCGUAUAGUGGUUGACUAAUACCUGCCAGGCAGACGCGAAGUAGCUCUUGUGAAAAUGUCAUUGUAAUCUGGCGUGGAGACCUUGGACUGUCAAGGACAAUACCGUUUUGGAGAAGGUCCAGAGACGGGCGACCAAAAUGACACAAGGUCUGGGAGCGCUGUCUUACGAAUCCCGACUGUCAACUCUCAACCUGUUUCCACUUUCCUACAGGCAAUUACGUGGUGACCUUAUACUUGCAUUUCGCAUUAUCAACGGCCCAGACUGUUGUUUAGAUCCCACUGAUUAUUUCACACAAGCUAACACGCCCACUUUGCGCGGUCAUCCCCUAAAACUACGCGCCGGGAAAGCAAGGAUCGAUGGAAGAAAGUUCUUUUUCAGUCACAGAGUGAUUGCAGCGUGGAAUGCCCCGCCCACCGAUGUUGCAACCUCCUCCUGUGUGAAUUCCUUUAAGUUUAGACUUGACGCGCAUCAAGCCUCCCAGUUACCAGCUUUGCAUCCACUCACAUAACCCGGCACCAACUUAAACUUGUUUAUACUACUUGUAACUAGUUGGUAACCGUUAUUGAUUACUCUUUUUUGACUAGCUGUCAGCGAUUAUGUACAAAACCCCUUUUUCACCUUCCCACUAUCAAUGUUUUUCGCCGACGACUUGUAACCAAUAGGGAGUCCAAAGGCGCUCGCCUAUAUUUCCCUUAAUAAACCGAAACUGAAAAAACCUUGUCGGUACCGUCCAUUGGAAUGUCCAUAGAGUUUUAGAAGCGUUUGCCGGGCUGAAGUCUCGAAAACUGCGAUAAUCCUAGGAAUCCGAAUAUUUCAAACCGAAUUCGCAGUUCGCGACAGACGACUUUUUUGCUCUCGAUGCCAACUUAACUUUAGUUCGAAUCUCAGGCAAUCAGCGUCUGAAGUUUGGGCCUCGCUGUCUAACCAUUGCACAUUAUUUUGAUUGCUGUCAGUAGGGAGAAGUAGACUGUUAUCAAUUAUCGGAAAUCCAAUUACUGGUUUUCGGAGGUUGGGGAUAAGCCCGUUUAUUGUUUUCCUUCGAGCUGCCAUGGUCUUAGUGUAAAUGCGAUUAUCCGGCAGGGCUCAUAUCGUUCCACCCACUUCUAAUCAAAGGUAGUACGCACAGGUAGUGUCUACCUGAUCUCAGAUCUGCCAGUGUUUGGAAGACUGACACAAACGCACAAUUCCGUCUCUGCGCACUUCACAUUCAGGCCUGCGCCUAAUCAGUCAUCUGUACUUGGGCCUGACAAAUCUCAACCCCGGGCUGAUGAGCAGAUUCCAAUAGUCAGGCGAACGGGCUUUUCGUUUUUUUUGCAAGUCACUUUGCUAACCUCCGCCACGCAGAGUCUGACUGUCGCCCCGCUCCUGAAAAUGGCAUGCAUAGCAACCGGAGCAUUGUUAUUUUCGUCAAAGCCUUUUUCGAGGAAUGAGACAUACAACUCACCAUCGCCCCACCCUUCUGUGGCAACACUGGGACAACUGGAGUUCUUCCACCAGACAUCCAGGGACCGAGCCAGACUUUCACACGCUAAAUAUGCGUAGCGGAAUAAUUCAGUUAGCCACAGACAGAUGUGACAGGAUGUCAUCGCUUUUGGCAGGGUUCAUCCACUUCGUCGGCUCCUCCUCCUAAACUGACCCAGUGAUGUGUCUGCUGUUUUUUCUAAUUCGCCUCGUGUGCCGACACUUAGUCAAACAGAACUUGGAAGUGUAGGCGACUUUCCAUUCAGACGUCAUCACAUCCAGCUUUCGGUGAUGGACCGCUGCUCCCAUCUGGCCCCGCAGUCAGGCAACGAACAUCAACACUCCCAAAACGUCCGGAAAAGCGUCCAACUACUCGUUCAGCGGAAUUUAUGCUCACUUGCACGGUUUACAACGUCAUUUGUUCUCAGUAGGCCUCUACGCUUGUUUUGAAUUCUUCGAAGGGCUGACGUCCAGCCCACUUUUUCCCACCGCAGUUCUGUCUUCACGGGGAAUAUGGAAGCGUCCACCAACGUAAGGUAUUCUGCCUCGACACCUCAACGCCUGAAUCUACCACGACGGACUAAUAGUGGGGCUGGGUAACUCAGUCAGCAUGGGCAGUCCUGCGUAUGGGAUGACUGACCGACAGGCUGAGAGUCAGUCGUAAUGUGCCCUAUGUACAUUGAGAAGACCGCCUGCCGAAUCCUUCGCAGUCCCGCACUGUAAAAAGUUUAUACGUAAAGAAAUAUGUUACUGGCAAAAUUUCAGUAGGGUGUUCAUUUAACAUUUAUAUUAUACGUACCGUUUUCGAUAGGGCCAUCAAGGGCAUUGCCUAUUACCCAAUAAACUUCCUUUCCCAAAGCACACAUUCGACUUCGACAUAUAUAUAUAUGACAGUGGGCGCUCGCCGAUCAGGUUACGGAACAUGCUCGUUCCGUUGUGCCUUGGGGCUCAUACUUAAACCCUCGCAGGCAGUCGCACAGCGACUAGUAGUAGACAUAGAUGAGAUGAUACCGACAAAGACAAGGGAGACCGGAAUGGCCAUUUCUGGCUUAUUAGCCGUCAUCAGCCAGUCAUACCCAACCCCAAGUGUGGAUCACUUGAGAUUCGAACCCGGGAUCUUUGGUCAUGGAGUUGAACACUCUACCAUUGAGCCACGGCUGAGGACGGCUAAUAAGCCAGAAAUGGCCAUUCCGGUCUCCCUUGUCUUUGUCGGUAUCAUCUCAUCUAUAUAUAUAUAUAUAUAUAUAUAUAUAUAUAUAUAAACUUUCCUAUUCGGAUUGGGUCUGAGCCGCACUCCCUUCUCUUUAUGAAAACUUGGUGCACUUCGCGGAGACCAGGCCGUGCGUGGCACGCGUAGACGGGUUGCUUAACUUUGUCAACCACUGUACCGCGCCCAUCUCCGUUCGUCUUGGCAUUGUCAUUGUCAAUAAAAUGUACUACUGUAAACGCGAUAGACGAUCUAUCAUGUCCUUUUCAGGUCCAUUACACCUUCUCCCUUAAAGCCAAAUGCCCAUCACUCCCGCGUCAGGCGCGAAAGUUAAUCUUACCACUUUACCUCUACUUCGCCCUUCUGUAUUCGGGUUCACGGAGGUCUGUGGGUGGCCAAACAUGGAACAUACGUUGACUUUAAAAAAUGGCCUAAAUGCCUCGACCAGAACUCCUUGUUUUUUAGAGGCGCAGAAUAUACGUUCAUGUAAAUAAUUGAGUAGAGAAAACAGCAUAAACAAAGCACUACUUCAAAAACACUUUCGCAUAGCCCUCGGACUAGACAUCCUCCAAGAGUGUGUGUUGUUUGCGUAAGGCAGUCAGUCAGCCGCGCGAUGUCUAGCCAGGUGUGUCAAAAUGUUAUGUAAAAGUUUGCUUUAAAGUCAUCGUUUUAAAUGUGAUUGACCCGACAAGGGUGGUUUUGUCGGACUUUCUGGGUGGGGACGUCGAAGGAGUGGAUGUUUUCCUCGGGUCACGUGUCGAGAGGCUGAUCAUUGAGAAAAAAGUGAGCUAUUAUUAGCAGAUGGGGUCAUAAGCAUGCCACAGCGUGGGCAUCAGAAGAUUUUUUCCCUAAUAGUAUUGUGUGCCUGCUUGCGUCAGUAAAGUACGCAGAGUCUUCGGCGAUUUCCAUGGACACUCUUCGGUUUCAGUAUUUCAAUUAAUUUUUUUUCUAUACUUUGUCUUCUGCAAAACUCUCAAAAUAAGACUGAUUUCGCAAGCUUUCUUCGAGGUAGUGAGUUCAUGGACAUCCGGGUGAUGUUUGUAAACUUACCCAAACAUGAGAGCUAGUCGCACAAGAAAGUAGGCUUCCACAACGAAGGUCUGUAUUGUAUAUGAUCUUGGUCAAAUAAGCGACCUACCAUGAUGAGUCACCUCUUUAAAAAGUGCAUUGUUAGGGUUUUCCUCAGAUACGUUCCCACGCCCUCUCCCUUUUUCCAAAGAAAAUAUUGAAACGUUCCUCCCUCGUAUGCACUUACCAGACAAAUGCUCACCAUUCUCCUGCUGUAGACGAAGGAAUUCCUUUCCCCAUGUGUUGCAGCCGUCUUAGUUGACUAUGACUAUACGUGCAUUACUAUAUUUGGCUGAUCUUGUGCCGCUCUCUGACGCGGCUGCGAGGAGUUCGAGUGGGUCCCCCAUUGAUUAGCCGAGCCCCUCGCAACCAAUUGACGCGUUGUCCUCGCUCCUCUUUUUUAACUUGCUUACUGACUGAAAGUAAACCUUACAGAAGGCAUCUUACUAAUCAGUCGAGAUAUUAUUUAACUUUUUUAACUACUUCUUUACUAUUCGGGUAUGUCUAUAAAUUGUGGGUGGUAAUUACUCUUCGGUUUCAGUAUUCGCAAUUGAUUUCCCAAAAUGGUAAGUUUUAUAUUCUUUGUUCCACAAAACCUGAACCGUCUCGGUUUAAUGAUUAUGCAUGCACUACUAUAUUUAGCUGCUUCACAACCGACCGGCACGGUACCCCUCCCAUUUCUGGAAGUAAACCACACAGAAGGCAUCUUAUUAAUUAGCUGAUCCAUGAUCUGUCGUUUCGUGAUUACUUCUACGGUACACGUUUAGAAAUUGUGAAUGGGCUAAAACAGUAUAUUGUAUGCUGGUGCUAUUACUGCUUUUUAGGGCACUGAAUUGCAUAGGUUUAUAGAUCAAACUUUGUGAAGAUGAAUUGUAGGUUUGUCUUCCCGUAAACAACGAAGCUGUGCGCGUCUGACCCCACCUUAUUUACACGAAAUGGAAGUUAAAGUUUAACAUCGGCGAAGCUGUUUUGUAAACCAUUUUUAUUCAUAUUGAUGUCUUCUAUAAGAACGAGCGUAAACACGCAAUAAAAGUUUUUUGCGAAACAUUUAGCUGAUCAGUACAAUCUACAACGUCUAAAGCACUCUUGGAAAUAAACAUUCAGAUCUCGGCCAUCACGUCUCGUUUGUUCGGUCAACCACAGUAUUUCGCUUUACAACAUUUGCAUGCUACGUCGUGUGCGCUUAUCCUUCUCUAUCGUUUUUCCUGCAGGCAAAUAUCUGCUUUGCCAGUCUCUGGAUAAUCAGAUUGUCAUCUUCAACGUCUUCGCGGGUUUCAAGAGGAUGCGCAAGAAGCUUUUCCGCGGUCAUACCGUCUCCGGCUACGCCUGCCAGACAGACAUGUCGCCGGACCUACGCUAUGUUGUCUCAGGUGACGGCGACGGUUUCAUCUACCUCUGGGAGUGGAAAACUACCCGUCUCCUGACCAAGUGGAAGGCCCACGACAGUGUGUGCAUUGAUCUAGCCUGGCUGCCCCACGAGACCUCCAAGGUGGUCAGUGCUGGCUGGGACGGUUCCAUCAAGUUGUGGGACUGA